CUGGGAAGGGCCUAGCUGGUGAAUUAGAUUACUUUUUGAAGCUGAGAAUGAAUCCAAAUACUUGGCAUGUAUCUUUCAAUUUCAAAUGUAUCAUAUUAUUGAUAAUUUACCUUUAAAAUAUACUUUUUAUCAUUAAUUUAAUGAAAAGAAUACCCAUUUAGUGAACAAGAAUCGUAAAAGCGUAAAGCAUUUUGAUGAAUUAGAUGCGUAAAAGCGUACGUUUUUAAGCUUUAAACAAAUUUAGUCCGAUUUUAUACACUAAAGAUUUUAUAUGGAAAUGAAAGCGUUUAGGUGACAUAGAAGCGUAAAACAGUAAGUUUUUAAGUUUUGAAUCACGAUUUUGACUGCAUUGAUCUAGAUCCCAAUUCCAAUCCAAAAAAUAUAUAGUUGAUACAUUAAAUACGAUAUUCGACAUAUCCCAAAUACUAGUCCCAACCUUUCAGCCUUGCAAGUGAAGGGCCGUAAUGUUAAGAAAUCUCAUUAUGAUUUGAUGCAGACAAGCACAUAGUUACAUAUACUAAACUGAUUGUAGCAGUACUCGGACAUGGCUUCAAGCAAUCAAAUUUAGACAGUGCAUGCCAUCUUCAAUCCUCACAUUGAAGGCCAUUUGGUUGUUCUAAUUUUGUCCAUUUGGAUGGCAUGUGAUUGGGAGUGUGGAUCUUGGAGUAGUUCAUGCAACUAAUGGAUUCCAAGUAGUGAUGGUAAUUUCAACCCGCUCCACGGGUAUUAUCCGAUCUGAUUCGCGAUGGGGCGGGUAUUAUCCGACCUGUAGUAGUGUCGGGUGGGGCAUGGGUAUCUACUUCCGACCUGUCUUGCCCUGCCUCGUCCCGUUUUAGGCCCAUUUUAUCUCAAUUUCCUAUAGUAUCUAUCUAUACAUAUUUCUCCUAUUUUGACUUUUCUUCAACUAAUUAGAGUCGAUCUUCAACUUGUUAGACUCAAUUACUCGUUCUAUUAUCACUAUUUUCAUUCUUAAAGUGUUUUUCCCUUCGCUUUAUCAUAAAAAGUAAAAUUUUGCGUGUAUUUUUUCCGAAUAACAUGUUAGAGUGGGUUGACCCGCCUCUCCCCGUACCCGCGUGGAUACCCACCCGUCUCGUAGUAGCAUGGGGUGGGACAUGGGAAUUGAGGUAGCCCGCCCCAUUGUCAUCACUGAUUCCAAAUUAUAGUCUGUUUUUAAAAUGAACGACCUGGGAGUUCGGCAGUAUUUAUGUCUUCUAGAUGGGAAUGCGUUAGCCUAGUUACUCUUUUUUGAGUAAUCAUCGUAGCUACCCUAAAUCUAGCCAUUGAGAUUAAGUGAAUUGAAUCUAAUGGCCCAUCUUGCUGGAGGGCUUCUUUAGUAAAGACCCACAGGAUCCACUCCCUAACCGACGACGUAUUAUUAGGAGCUAAAUCAAUAGGCUCUUUCCCUAUUCGAAUCUUUCAUUCUUUUUGGUUUUUCUUCCUCAGCGCCUCUCCCAAGAACGGUUAAGGAUGAUCGGCGCCGUUCCUACUCCCGUCGCCGCAGUCCCUCUCCCGUCUUCCGCAGUCCCUCUCCGGCGCUGGAAGUUCUCUUCCGUCGCCGCAAUCCCUCUCCCGUCGCCGCAGUCCCCCUCCGGCGCCGCAAGUUCUCUCCCCGGCGCAGCGGGAGACGUUUCGGCAACUGGUUGUUUCGUUGUUGUGGGAUCGGCGAGAGUUAUUCAAAUCGUGUUGUAAACGUGUUGUAAUAGCGCGCUUUAUUGUAUAGACAUUGCAUGUUCUUCAAAUCGUAUUAAUCUGAGUUUUGUUUUCCGUGGAAUGGUAUUCUUGUCGUUUUUGUAUAUGUGCGAUUGUGAUAGUUUGUUUGGCAUGGAUUGGUAUAUGGUCGUUUGGUAUUGAAUACUAUUAGGUUGUUUGCAAAGGUAGUGGUCAAUUUUGGUAGUGAUCUAGGUUCUAGGUUGUUUGGAAUGGUAGGUUCUUCCCAUGCAUUGGUAGUAAUCUGCAGACCUGUGAAGUUUGGUGUGGAAUUGAAGUUUUUAGUUGGAAUGGUAGAUUUCAUGUUGUUUGGAAUGGUAGCUUCUUUUCAUGAAUUGGUAGUGAUCUGCAGAAUUGUGAUGUUUGGUGUGGAAUGAUAGUGUUUAGUUGGAAUGGUAGGUUUUUUCUCUCGCAUUGGUAGUGACCUGCAUACCUGUGAUGUUUGGUGUGGAAUGGUAGUGUUGAGUUCCAGUAGUAGUGUGGUGUUCUGUGCAACCGUAGUAGUUUGUGUGGUAUGGUAGUAUUCAGUUCCAGUAGUAGUGGUUACAUUUCCAUACAUCAUUAACAUUGGUUAAUGUUGCUACCUUCCAUUUUUUGGUUUUAGUAAUGGCAAGAACCAAGAACCCAAAUCGUGGGGCUUCAAAGAGCAAGAAACAAUGAAUAACUACCAUUGUAGUAGGUCAUAUUACCACAAACGAAACACUACCGUUACAGUAUCUGAUAACUACAGUGCGGUAACUACCAUUGCAAUUACUAAUCACCACCAUAGCAACUGAUUUAGCUCCUUGUUGAGGAAGAAAAACCUAGGGCAGCGUGCCCACUGCAGAAUUCUUAGGGUAGCCCAUUGAUUUAUUAGUUGAGGAUUAGUUGAGGAUUUAGCUGAGGAAGAAAAACCAAAAAGUUGAGGAUUUAGCUCCAAUGGGCUCUCUAAUCCUCAACUACCAUUGCCAUUUCCUCCCUAGGGCAGCGUGCCCACAACAAAAUUCUUUUCCUGCCGUAAUUUUUGGUAUAACAAACUCCUACUGUGAUUAAAACUCCAUAUAUUUAAUUUUGGUAAUUAUCUCUCCUCUCUCUCUAAUUAAUUGCAUUAUUAAAAUGGUAGUUGAUAAUAACUAGGAUGGAAAAUA